CCCAGCGGCUUCAUUACAGGCUGGGACGGGGUCAGACAGAUAAAGAGCUCUGCGGCGGCUCGGCCCUCUGCUCCGCCGCGGUCGGGCUGCAGGGUGACGGCGGCCGUCUGUCACCGGCUGAUAACGGAGCAAAUCCAGGGCUUCUGCCCUCACCUGAGCUUCAACAACCUGACCCUCGUCUCAACACACGGUUUUCCCGGCAACUACGACUUCGAGGACGUCGGAUUUCUGUCCACAAGUCAUGCAUACAGCAGCAGAGACUUGGCCCAGCUCCCCCUGCGUUCAUGCGUCACCGAGGUGACGGGGAAGAUGGUGGGCAUCAACAGGAAGUCCAAACACGUGCUGGUGUCCGGCGGCGUGCAGGUGCCCUACGACCACCUCGUCCUCUGCACGGGCCUGCAGUACCAGGCUCCCGGUCCUACUGGUGUGGAUCUGAACCAGUCCAGAUCCAGAUCCAGCGGGCCCGUCCCCUCCAACCUCUUCACCCUCAACGAUCUCUACGACUGCGCGGCUGCUCGCCGCUGGCUGUGUGCCAACUUUGUGGAGCUGGAGGACGAUGCCAUCGUCUACGGAAGCGGCCUCGACGUCUUCACCGCCGUGGAGACUUUGCUGAGCCUCGGCGUCCGGGGGAGUCGUAUCCAUCUGGUCCUCCCGCCCCCCGAGGCCAAUGCCUCCUGCUUCGGCGACCCCGUCGUGGAGAAAGCUGUGGCGACGGCCCUGGAAAAGGCCGAGGUCCAGGUCCACCGCGACCGCCUGCUGGCCCAGAUGAACGACGGAGGACAUCCAGACCCACUCACAUCUGUGUCCUUCACCUCUGACGCAGAGCCCCUCCUUCUGCAGUGUGGA